CUCGGGGAGGGGGGUGACGGGCCCCGGCUCAGCACCUCGGAGAGCUCCCUCCCCGGCCUUGUUUUGCUCCGGUGUCGCCGCCGCCGGGGGAGGGAACCAGGGGGCUGGGCACGCGACUCAGCAGCAGGGCAAUGGCGGUAAAGGGGUCGCGGGGCCCCGGCGGGCAGAGGGCCCAGCCGUGAUCCGGCGAGGGGGGCCAGGGCGCCGGGCGGGGUGGGGGGCAGCUGGCGGCGGCAGCAGCGGCCGCAUAUCUGGAUGGAAGCAAGCUUUGUCCAGACCACCAUGGCUCUGGGGCUGUCCUCCAAGAAAGCAUCUUCCCGCAAUGUGUCCGUGGAGCGUAGGAACCUGAUCACCGUGUGCAGGUUCUCUGUGAAAACACUGCUGGAGAAGUACACGGCAGAGCCCAUCGAUGACUCAUCUGAGGAGUUUGUGAACUUUGCAGCCAUCUUAGAGCAGAUCCUCAGUCACCGUUUCAAAGCCUGUGCCCCAGCAGGUCCUGUGAGCUGGUUCAGUUCAGAUGGGCAGCGGGGCUUCUGGGACUAUAUCCGGCUGGCCUGCAGUAAAGUGCCCAACAACUGCGUGAGCAGCAUCGAGAACAUGGAGAACAUCAGCACAGCCCGAGCCAAGGGCCGGGCAUGGAUCCGGGUAGCACUGAUGGAGAAGCGCAUGUCCGAAUACAUCACCACAGCUCUGCGGGACACCCGGACCACCAGACGUUUCUAUGACUCGGGAGCCAUUAUGCUGAGGGAGGAAGCCACGGUGCUCACAGGGAUGCUGAUCGGACUGAGCGCCAUAGACUUCAGCUUCUGCCUAAAGGGUGAAGUGCUGGACGGGAAGACCCCCGUGGUCAUCGAUUACACGCCCUACCUAAAGUUCACCCAGAGCUACGAUUACCUGACGGACGAGGAGGAGCGGCACAGCGCCGAGAGCAGCACGAGUGAGGACAACUCACCCGAGCACCCGUACCUGCCGCUAGUCACCGACGAGGACAGCUGGUACAGCAAGUGGCACAAGAUGGAACAGAAGUUCCGCAUCGUCUACGCGCAGAAGGGCUACCUGGAAGAGCUGGUGCGUCUGCGCGAGUCGCAGCUGAAGGACCUGGAGGCGGAGAACCGGCGGCUGCAGCUGCAGCUGGAGGAGGCAGCGGCGCAGAACCAGCGCGAGAAGCGGGAGCUAGAAGGCGUGAUCCUGGAGCUGCAGGAGCAGCUGACAGGUCUGAUCCCUGGUGACCACGCUUCCCUGGCCCAGGGUUCCAAGGAGCUCACCACACCCCUGGUCAACCAAUGGCCAUCACUGGGAACACUCAAUGGGGCUGAGGGUGUCAGCAACCCCAAGCUCUACCGGAGACACAGUUUCAUGAGCCCAGAGCCACUGUCAGCUGAAGCCAGUCUGAGUUCGGACUCCCAGCGCCUGGGAGAGGGCAAGCGGGACGAGGAGCCCUGGGGCCCCAUCGGGAAGGACCCCACGCCCUCCAUGCUGGGUCUCUGCGGCUCACUGGCCUCCAUCCCCAGCUGCAAGUCCCUGGCGAGCUUCAAAUCCAACGAGUGCUUGGUGAGCGACAGUCCUGAGGGCAGCCCGGCACUAAGCCCCAGCUGAGGAGCAGUGUGGGCUGUGCCAGACCCCCUGCCAGGGGCAGGCACCUGCUGCCCUUCCUCAGAGUCCCCCAAUCCAGGCCACCCUUCCAGAAAAUGCUGCCCACUCAGCCAGGGGUCUCAGUUAAGACUCCCUUUGCUUCUGGUUUUCGCUUCCUGCCCAAGGAAGGUGGGACUGCCACAGGAAGCAGGUUGGGUGAGGUGGGGGCACCAAGGCCACAGGGAACCCUUGGGGAAGCUUACUCCAUUCUGGUGACCAACGCCUGGCUGGCUGACCCCCAGGGCUCUCCUUUGCUCAUCUCCCUCACCCUCCUCAGGAGCUUGUGGCCCAGCCUCUCCCACUUUUCCUUUCUGUCCCCCUGUAUUCAUUCCCUGGAGUCUCAGGCCCCAGGGCAGGGGCUCUGAGGGGACCAGGCAAAUAAAAACCAGAGUACUGAAGGCAGCCUU